AUUUUGUUCCAUAUUCUUCCCACUAAAAUGAAUGACCCUUAUUUCCCAUGUAAGCUUGAUAUAGGGGCGUUUUAAUAACAUGGAAAGGCAAUAGAAACUAAAUGGUAUAACUUUGAAGUGAAUGUGAUGAAGGCACAAAAAAACGAAAUAGCCUCCUUCUGUACAAUUGUAUUCAAUGCUAUUAUGAUGCCAUUUAAUAAUCAAAGUGGCAAAUGCCCAUAAAUGAAUUCCCAAUUUCCCCCCAUGUGGAUAGUGGCUGUGGUUUAUACACAAGGCCAUGGCCACUUGUCAUGAUUUGUAACAGUCAGCUUCAGGGAGACAAAGUGCUCACUGUUCUACUUCAGUAAAGACAGGGCAUUUUGGAUGACCCUCAAGAGAUUGUGUCCUCGGAUGUUUGUGCUGUGCCUGGACCUGAGUAAUGCUUUACAUAUGUUCCAGCUUAAUCAUUGUUAUUUGUUGCUUCAGACACUCUCUCUCACACACACACACACACAUACUCACACACGGACACAAGUAUACGUAUACAUAAACACAUACGCAUGCACUCUGGGCCGUCCUCAUCCAGCUUCACCCAAUGUGUGAUCCACAUUGCUCAAUGAGUCACUGGUCAGCCAUCCCUUGAUAUAAACCAGCUCAACCCAAGGCUGUGCAACGCAGAGACAAGGGUCGAAAGAAGGCGAGGACUGCACAUCACCGACACAGGUCUCUGCUGUGGGAGAAUGAAACCAUUCUCAGCAUUUGCUCUUGUCUCCCUCUUUCUCCUCUCCACUGUGGCUGCAGAAUUUUCAUUUUCGGAUGAGGCCACCGAGCCGAUUUGUGAGCAGCUCAGAGAAUUGUUCCAAGUAUGCCCAAAAAGUUACAUACCCGUGUGUGGAACUGAUGGCAUCACCUAUGACAACGAAUGCCACCUUUGCAAUGCAGCUCAAAAAGACCAAACUGAAAUCUUGAUCCAGAAAUUCGGACCAUGCGGAAAUCAACGUCGCACCGAUUAACCAGAUUCCACUAAUUGGUCAAAUUAACAUAUUAUUGUCGGUUGUAUGUAUGUGUCAACAAUGGGGAAAAUAGAGACAAUCAAAACAUGUACUUGCUGGAAAUGGUGUCUUUACAUUUUUUAAAGCUAUUAAAGUUUUUGUUUUGUAUGAGAGCCAAAUAUUGUUUGUACUUUUAAUGACUGAAAAACAAGCCAUUUCAACUAUAGCAUCACAUCCUUGACAAAAUUAAAUCUCCUAAGGUGCUUCACAAACACAUUUAGACAAACAUUAUAAAAGCAGACAGAGGCAAGGUCAGCAGAAGGGGAUGAUCACAAAGAAAUAGUUAUGAACAGGUGGAGAGAUGUCGAGAGGAAACUUCAAAUUCCUAGGAGUAAAUAUCACCAGCAACUUGUUCCGGACAGCCCAUACUGAAGCAAUACCUUUACCUUUACCUCCUUAGAAGGCUUAGGAAGUUUGACAUGUCCCCAACAACCCUCACCAACUUCUACAGAUGCGCCAUAGAAAGCAUUUUAUUGGGAUGCACCAUAGCUUGGUUAGCUCCAUCCAAGACCGCAAAAAUUUGUAGAGUAUUGUGGACAUGGCCCAGACCAUCACACAAACCAACCUCCCUUUCAUUGACUCCAUUUAGCAAGGCCAACAGCAUAAUCAAGGAUGAGUCGCACCCUGGGCACUCCCUCUUCUCCCCUCUCCGUUCGAGCAAAAGGUAUAAGUGUGAAAACGUAAACCUCCAGAUUCAGGGAGUUUUUCCCAGCUGUUAUCAGGCAACUGAACCAUCCUAUCAAUAACUAGAGAGAGGCUGAGCUACUAUAUACCUCAUUGGAGAAACUCGGACUAUCAUUGAUUGGACUUUAUCUUGUGCUAAACAUUAUUCAUGUUAUCCCCUUAUAUAUUUGUACACUGUGAAUGGCUCGAUUAUAAUCAUGUAUUGUCUUUCUGUUUUCUGGUUAGGACGCAACAAAAUAAAGUUUUCACUAUACCUCGGUACACAUGACAGUAUCUAAACUCAAAGUACAUAGCUUAUGGUCCUGCAAUUGAUGUUGCAGCCAUUAAUGGAAAGUAGAAAGAACUCUAAACUUCAGAUGCUGGAAUCUACAGCAAGAAAACAAACACUGGAGAAACUCAAUGGGUUGGGCAGCAUCUGUGGAGGGGAUGAACAGAUGAUAUUUAGGGUCAGGACACUUACACGUCAUAUUUUGGAUCCUACAAUAGAGUGGAAGAUGCACAACAGAUCAGAAAUGGAGGAAAGCAAACCUUAUUUUGUAAUGCAAGGCUGGAUUAUGAAGAAUGAAGUCCAGUAGGAAUUUACACAUAGGAGAUGAGUGAUAUUUGGUGUAUUGUCUGCAGUUCUGGUCGCCCCAUUAAAGGAAAGAUGUGGAGGCUUUGAAGAGGGCGAAGAGGAGUUUUACCAGAAUGCUGCCUGGAUUAGAGGGUUUCAGCUACAGGAACAAGUUGGAAAGACUUGGAUUAUUUUCUUUGGAACAUAGAAACAUAGAAAAUAGGUGCAGGAGGAGGCCAUUCGGCCCUUCGAGCCAGCACCGCUCGAAGACCGCACCGCUCAGCAACGUCAAAGUUUGAAGGGAGACUUCUCCUUCUUUCGUGUGGCGUGCACAGCCUAAAGUUGUUGGAAACUUAUUCUAUUUGAUCUUCCAUUUGUGCACGUCGAGUUGAUUGCAUUAGUCGAAACAGGGCGGGCCACGUGAAAGUUGCAACCUUCCACCCCAAGGGAGACUUGACAGAAGUAUAUAAAAUUAUGAGAGGCAACAAUAUGGGAGACAGUCAGAAUCAUUUGUCACAGACUAGAAUUGUGCAACAUUAUUUAAUGAGUGGAGAAGUUUAAUGGAGAUGUGCAUGGCAAGUUUUUCCACACAGAGUGGUGGGGACCUGGAAUACAUUGCCAGGGAUGGUGGCGGAGGCAGAUACGAUAGUGGCUUUGAAGAAACUAUUAGAUAAGUACAUGGAAGUGCAGGGAUUAGAGGGAUAUGGAUCAUGUACAGGCAGACAAGAUCAGUUUGACAUGGCAUAAAUUCGGCACAAACGUUGUGUGUCGAAGGUCCCAUUCUUAUACUCUAUAUAACUGCAGGUGAAACAGGGUCUUAGUGAUGGAGAGGACAUGGGGCCAGAAACUAAGUUGAAGAAACCACAAUUAAUCUAUUUUAUUAAAAGCAAUCAGCAUGCACCAUAUUGUAAUCACAUCAGAAUCUGAGUGAAAUUAACAGUGCUGAUACUUUAUUUCUUUUAAAAAUAUUUUUAUUCGUUUUUUUUCCCCAAAAACAAAAACAAAACAUAAAAAAAGAGCAAAAAGAAUAAUGAUAAACAUAACAAUGAUAUUGAUACAUAGGGAUCAGGAUUACAUUAAUAACAGGUAUAACCUAAUAUGAGACCGGAGUCAAAAUACAGAAUGAAUAUAGACCUUCCAAUCUCUAUGUAAAUAUAGUUAAAUAUUUAAAAGAAAACAUAUAUG